CACACGUGGAGAUAGCACUGCUUCGGAGGCAGCUUCCAUUUCGAUGGCCUUUGCUCUCGUAUAUCACCGCCAGGCUCAGCUUCUUGAUUGUGACAGUUUUACUUGCGAUGCAAUAUAGUCCCUUUCACACAAGCGUUGAUUGUCAGAGUGAGUGUUUUCUUGUGACAAACGUUGCCAUCGGUUGCUCUGCGACAAAUCUGAUGAUCAGAACGUGGCUUAUCUGGAAAACCAGUUACCUGCUGCGCCUCUUCCUAGUCCUCACAUCACUAGGUUAUUGGACAAUUCUCACUCUCUUCGUUGUGUCUACUCGUGCAUCUACCACAAACGGGUUGUGCAUGAUCCAUUUUACCAACCCUGCAUAUGCUAGUGCGGUGGUCAUAUAUACCAUGUUGUAUGAUUUGGCACUUGUGGUCUUUAGCGUUAUUGGACUUUUCAGGAUGCCAUCGCCGUCUUCUACGCUAUGGAAGAAGCUCGUGAAACAAGGGGUGAUAUACUUCUUCCUCAAUGUGUUAGCAAACGUGAUCCUACUGAUCCUGAAUCGUCUGAACCUGAAUUGUAAGACUAUUUCACUGCAUUGCAAACGCCCACUCACUCUAUAUCAUCAGCUCGGCAUGCGUCUGGUUAGGACUCUCGUCAUGACUUCCGGUUUAGGCAUAUGACCUAGUACUUUCGUUUGCAGUACGAUUGCAUCUAGCCAAGUGGUCCUCUCGCUCCUCCGUCCUUCG